AUGAAACCCUCCGGUCAUAUUGAUAAAGUUAUUCAAAGAAUUAGCGGAGAAGAAGUUUUAAAGCAUCGAUUGAGAUUGAAAACAACAAUUAUGGUUGUCAAACAAUUGGCUUUACAAGGAAGUUCUUUUAGAGGGCAUGAUGAAUAUGAAGAUUUUUUGAAUCCGGGGAAUGUACUAGCUUGGAUUGAUUUUGCAGCAAAGUUGAAUGAUCAAAUCCAUGGUGUAGUUCUUCGUAAUGCACCAGGAAAUGCGAAAUACAUUUCACCAAGCAUUCAGAAAGAGAUUUUGGGAAUCAUAGCACACAGAGUGCGUUGUAAGAUACGUGAGGAAAUUGGGGAUUCUUGUUUCUCUAUUCUUGUUGAUGAAGCAGUUGAUGAAGCAGGAAGGGAACAGAUGUCUGUUAUUUUGAGGUAUGUCAGCUCUCAUGGUAUAGUAACUGAACGCUUUUUUGCUCUCAAGAGUGUUGCUGAAACUUCUGCAGAAACACUUAAACAAGCUAUUUGUGAAGUUCUCUCUCAGUAUGACCUUCAAAUCGGAAAAUUGAGAGGUCAAGGAUAUGAUGGUGCCAGUAAUAUGUCAGGACAUUUUAAUGGGGCCAAGGCAUUAUUUCUUAGAGAUUGCCCAUAUGCCUACUUUGUCCACUGUUUUGCUCACAGAUUACAGUUGGCAUUACUUACUUCUGCAAAGGUAUGUGAUCUCCUAUAUGAGAUUUCUUUUCCUUAUUGGAUUCUAUCAUAA